AUGUUCGAAUUCACAGACUUACAUUUUGUGUGUCUAUUUUUUUGUAGCGAUGUAUAUCCGGAUUUUCAACCCACUUCAAUAUAUGGCCGGCGUAAUGCUCUUCGGGAGGAACUUGAGCGAAAGGAUAUGCUCGAACGACGGUUGCGGAUUGAUAUUCCAGAGUUUUAUGUUGGGUCUAUCGUUGCCGUAACUUAUUCCGAUAAAAGGCUGAUGGGCCUGAAGAAUCGGUUUUUGGGUAUUUGCAUCAGUCGUAAACUGGAAGGCCUCCACUCUCAGUUCACACUGAGGAACGUCAUCGAGGGAAUAGGCGUAGAAGUGAUGUAUGAAAUGUACACGCCAACAAUCACCAAAAUUGAAGUGAUCAAGUUGGAAAAACGGUUAGAUGAUGAUUUAACUUUUCUGAUUGACGCUUAUCCUGAAUACAGCACAUUCGAUAUGAAUAUGGAACCUACACCUCAUAUUCCUGGAAAACCAGUGCCUGUGAAUCCUAUAAAGUUUCUAGGGUCUAUCGUUGCCGUAACUUAUUCCGAUAAAAGGCUGAUGGGCCUGAAGAAUCGGUUUUUGGGUAUUUGCAUCAGUCGUAAACUGGAAGGCCUCCACUCUCAGUUCACACUGAGGAACGUCAUCGAGGGAAUAGGAGUAGAAGUGAUGUAUGAAAUGUACACGCCAACAAUCACCAAAAUUGAAGUGAUCAAGUUGGAAAAGCGGUUAGAUGAUGAUUUAACUUUUCUGAUUGACGCUUAUCCUGAAUACAGCACAUUCGAUAUGAAUAUGGAACCUACACCUCAUAUUCCUGGAAAACCAGUACCUGUGAAUCCUAUAAAGGUGAAAUUACAGCCACCGCCUUGGACGCGAAGGUGGGAGCUGUUCGAUUAUAAAGGAAUCGAAGAUUGCUGGACUGAGCAAACAUCGUAUUUUAAGAGAAAAUUAAGCAAAUCAAAGCUCACCGAUCUUCGCAAAUACGACCUUAUCGCGGAUUAUCGCGAAGUCGCCACAAACGUCGAUGAGGAAUUGGCAAUUGAACAGGAAAUGUUAGAUUUUGAGACAAAAAAGCUACAAGCUGGUGUAACGAAGAGAAAAAUAUUGCGCUGUGCUGAGCAGUCAUUGUCUCAAGAUGUGUAA